GCCGUCACGGCCGACCCGGGCGGUCCCGCCUCGGCCGUCACGGCCGACCCGAGCGGUCCCGCUUCGGCCGCCACGGCCGACCCGAGCGGUCCCGCCUCGGCCGUCACGGCCGACCACGGCGGUCCCACCUCGGCCGCCACCGUCGACCACGGCGGUCCCACCUCGGCCGCCACGGCCGACCCGAGCGGUCCCGCCACGGCCGACCCGAGCGGUCCCACCUCGGCCGCCACGGCCGACCCGAGCGGUCCCACCUCGGCCAUCACGGCCGACCCGAGCGGUCCCGCCACGGCCGACCCGAGCGGUCCCACCUCGGCCGCCACGGCCGACCCGAGCGGUCCCACCUCGGGCGUCACGGCCGACCACGGCGGUCCCACCUCGGCCGCCACGGCCGACCCGAGCGGUCCCACCUCGGCCGCCACGGCCGACCCCGGCGGUCCCACCUCGGGCGUCACGGCCGACCACGGCGGUCCCACCUCGGCCGCCACGGCCGACCCGAGCGGUCCCACCUCGGCCGCCACGGCCGACCCGAGCGGUCCCACCUCGGGCGUCACGGCCGACCCGAGCGGUCCCACCUCGGCCGCCACGGCCGACCACGGCGGUCCCACCUCGGGCGUCACGGCCGACCCCGGCGGUCCCACCUCGGCCGCCACGGCCGACCACGGCGGUCCCACCUCGGCCGCCACGGCCGACCAGAGCGGUCCCACCUCGGCCGCCACGGCCGACCAGAGCGGUCCCACCUGGGCCGCCACGGCCGACCAGAGCGGUCCCACCUGGGCCGCCACGGCCGACUACGGCGGUCCCACCUCGGCCGCCACGGCCAACGACAGCCAUCCCAUCACCCCCACUUCCAGCUUCCCAUUAGGUCCCAUCCCACUCUCCAUUUUCUUUCUCUCCUUCCACAUCACCAACUUGGCCUUCAACAAUUCGCUGCGGGACCCCCGCUCUUCCUACUUCCAGGAGCUGGAGAAGAAAAUUUCUAGUAUGUUCUCGGCAGUCUUCGAAGACAUGGGCUAUAGGACGUACACAUACAUCCGAUUCAGUCCGGGCUCGGUGGCGGUGGACACGUACCUGGUCUUCGGCCUGGGCCGGGCCACGGCCGAAGAGGUCCGGAGGAUCUUUUCCGAGAACAACAACGGGACGGUCCUCGGCUUGGAGAUCUCGCGGGUCAACGCACAGGCCUGGAACAUCCACGGCCCGGGGCCCGCGGGCGCUUCCGUGCCCGGGUGGGGCAUCGCCCUGCUGGUCUUGAUCAGCUUCCUGGUCCUCCUCGCCCUCCUCCACCUUGUGUGGCUGGUGACGGCCUGGUUCCGCCGGCGCCGCGGUGGGCAUUUUGACCUCUUCUCCUCCCGGGACACUUACCACCCGAUGAGCGAGUACCCGGCCUAUCACACCCACGGGAGCUACCUGGCCCCGGGCACCGUGCCCCGGCCUCACGGGGAGGUCUCUUCGGGCAACGGCGGCGGCCUCUCCUUCACCAACCCGGCAGUCAACUCGGACGGCCUGUAGCGCGCCCCAGGGCGCGCCCACCCCCCUCUCCCCGAGGCCGUGCCCACACUGCAGCGGGGCCGGUGCCCGCGGCCGCCCGAGGAGCCCGUGCUGG